AUGCUACGGACAAUAUCACGAUCUGCAGCACGGCAGAGCCGCACAUUUAAAACCAAAGCGCCUCAAACCCUCCUCCGCCCCUUCUCGACGACGGUGUACCGCAUGUCCAGCUCAGCUCUCCCGCCGGUAGAUCCUCCCGUGUCCUCCGCCCUCCCCGCAGACGCAUACCAACUCCUCCCCGAAGCCUCCAAAGCCGGCGAGGCGGAAGAUGCGCUCUUCGACGCGCAGGUACAGCAGGUAAAAGACUGGUGGGCCUCGCCUAGAUAUAAGGGCAUCAAGCGGCCAUACUCGGCCGAAGAUGUCGUCAGCAAGCGAGGAGCGAUGCAGCAUACCUAUCCCAGCUCGCUGAUGGCGCGGAAGCUGUUCAAUUUGUUCGAGGAGAAGGCUGCGAAGGGGGAGCCCGUACAUACCAUGGGCGCCAUCGACCCCGUCCAGAUGACACAACAAGCCCCCAACCAGCAGGUCCUCUACAUCUCCGGCUGGGCCUGCUCCUCCGUCCUAACAACCACGAACGAAGUCUCCCCCGACUUCGGCGACUACCCCUACAACACCGUCCCGAACCAGGUCCAGCGCCUAUUCAAAGCGCAGCAGAUGCACGACCGCAAGAACUGGGAUAACCGGCGCAAGAUGAGCGCGGAGGAGCGCAAAAGCACGCCUUAUGUAGACUACAUGCGACCGAUCAUCGCCGACGGCGACACGGGCCAUGGAGGCCUAAGCGCGGUGUUGAAGCUCGCGAAACUGUUCGCCGAGAACGGGGCCGCGGCCGUGCAUUUCGAGGACCAGCUGCACGGCGGGAAGAAGUGCGGGCAUCUUGCUGGGAAAGUGCUGGUGCCGACAGGCGAGCAUAUCAAUAGGCUUGUGGCUGCGCGCUUCCAGUGGGAUCUCAUGGGCUGCGAGAACCUGGUCAUUGCGAGGACGGACUCGGAGAGCGGCAAGUUGCUGAGUAGUGCUGUCGAUGUGCGGGACCAUGAGUUCAUCCUUGGCGUGACGGAGGAGACGGACCCGUUGGCGGAGACGCUGCAGGCGAUGGAGCUGGAUGGGGCGCCGGGGGCGCAGAUCGAUAAGUUUGAGGCGGAGUGGGUCAAGAAGCAUAAGCUUGUUACCUUUGAUGAGGCCGUCGUCAAGCACCUCGAAUCCGAAGGCGGCUUCCCGGACCCCUACCUCUCAGCCAUAAAGGAGAACCCCAACCUCUCCCUUACCAAGCGCCGCCAGCUCUCCGCCCAACAUACCAAAUCCCCCGUCGUUUGGUCGUGCGACAUCCCUCGCACCCGCGAAGGCUACUAUCACUACCGGGCCGGCAUCGCCGCGGCCACCAAGCGCGCCAUCGCCUUCGGGCCCUACGCCGACCUCCUCUGGCUCGAGACGGCGGACCCGAGUGUGCAGAAAGCAGCCGGAUUCGCCGCCGAAAUCCGCGCGAAGCUGCCAGGCAAGAAACUCGUAUACAACCUCUCCCCGAGCUUCAACUGGAUGGGCCACGGCUUCUCGCCCGAGAGCCUGAAGAGCUUCAUCUGGGACCUCGGGAAGGAAGGGUUUGUGCUGCAGCUUAUUUCGCUGGCGGGAGUGCAUAGCACGGCGACGAUCACGAAUGAGUUGAGUAAGGCGUUUAAGGACCAGGGCAUGCUGGCGUAUGUGGAGUUGGUGCAGAAGAGGGAGAAGGAGCUCGGCUGCGAUGUUCUGACGCAUCAGAAGUGGAGCGGUGCGCCGUAUAUUGAUGGCAUUUUGGGCGCGAUCCAGAGCGGGAGUAGUGGGAGUAAGAGUAUGGGCGCGGGGAAUACUGAGGCUGCCAUCAAAGACCAACAACUCGAUAUCAUCCCAAACAGUCAUCAGCCACUUCCAACACUAUCCGCUGGCCCUCUCCCUCCACUAAGACACUCGAACAGUUUAGAUUUGCUCUUUCUCGGCGCAAUGGACGGUGUAUCAUCCCGCCAUCGCCAGGAUAUCUCAGACGGAGCACAUGCGAUCUCCAACCAUCUGGGAUGGAUGAUCCGCUCCGCUAAGGACACCCUGGAGAGACUGCAACGCCCCAGACCUGUCCCUCGUCCCGUGUUACACGCCUUGCCAGCUCUUCAUUCAUUCGCUGAUGAGCUUUAUGAGAGGAAUCAGCCAGAAUACGAUAGGCUGGCUAGGGAGCAGGCGGUGUUAUUGGAGGAAGCAGCAGCUAGGCACGUUACUGCCGACCUCACACAACCUCACCCCAACAGUGUACAGGACCAUCUGACAGCGCUCCCGCGCUCCGGCUUUGGAGAAAUUUCGCCAAGUGCGAACAAGGAAAACGAACAGCCUGCUGUUCACUCAACCCCGGAAGCCGCACCCUUCCCGAUCUUCGAAGACCAAGAGGAACAGCUUGCCAACUGGUCUGGAGCCUCGACUAUCAUUCUUCAAGACGGACUCCAAGGAUCUCCUCUGCUCGAUCCCUCACUCGCACUAAACAGUGCAGCUGUAACACUGAUCAACAGCGAGUUCGAGCAACAGAACCAGUACCGCCCCAACUUUCUUCGCAACAAUUCUCCGCACCCAACGAGUCCACAACAUUACAUCCUAAAAGUCAACGAGUCACCCCAGCCUCCAAUCAUGGCACCAUCCUCUCCUCAGGCUGGACCACCAUUCUUCGAACCAGCUCUUCGGGCAACAAUCAUCGAUGAAGACUAUGAUGAUCCCUCUCCCCAGCAACCUGACCACGUGCACGAAGAUGUGCCUGCUCAUGGAGUGCCUGCUCAGUCCUACCCUCCACAUGGAUUGCCAGCUCCAGUGUUGCCUGCUCCGUCGCCCUUGAGACUAGCAGAUCCGUAUGCACCAAACCUGCCCAGCAUCGAUCGGGCUGGGCGAAUCUACUUCAGGGACCACCAAGGUCAGGGUAACGUGCGCCGCAUGAACCGUCCCAACUACGAGGGGUACCUGGCGAGUGAAGCACUCCGUCAAGUCGAGACGGAGACCACACCGGUCGUGUCACCCACUCCGUCACCUGCUCGCGCACCAUCGCCGACAGAAUCGCCGCUGGCUAGGCUGUCGCAGAUGCGGGCGGCUAGAGAUCGUUCUGACAUUCAAGAUUGGUCUUCUACUAAGAUUUAUCCUAGUAUUGAAGAAGAUCACUCUACAAACGAGGGACCUGCUGGAUUGAAGAAUAUAUCUACAGCUCAAGAUCUUUCCGCCAGUCGAAACCUCUCCACGAGCAAAGACCACUCCGCAACCAAAGGCCUUUCUCCUCCACCGAAGCUAGUCUCGAAGAUGAGACCCGCUCACCACACGGUUUGCUAUUGCGGUCGACUCAAGACCUGCAGGGAGUGCAAAAAGACCUGUACGCGUGGUGAGGACGGCGUGCCAUGCAUCUACGUUCAAAUGAGCAAGCAAUUCGAUGGCUUCUUUUGCAAGCGCUGCGUCGCUCUCCAGCACAUUAAGCGUCAGUACCUCAAAGAGCGUCCAGCUGCAGAAUCUGAACCUGAAGCGACUCCACGCUCCGACGCUUCAGAAAACGAGGAAGAAAACCGCUCCCCUUCCGACGACGGCGCUACAACCGCAUCCGACGACGGGACCACGAAUCACCUCGUCAAGUCAUGA